CCCACCUCAGUCAGUCUCUACUACGGCAGCGGCUCUGCUCGCUAGCCGACUCACACAUCUCGUUACACGCACCGUCCCUUCCGAUAUACGCCGUGGCUGCGUCGAGCUUAUGGCGGCGGAGCGAUAUGCGUACUGAUUAGGCCAGGCAUCACGGCGGUGACGGUAGUGAGGGACAAAGCUUCUCCAGGACUAGGACUGCAACUGACCGAGCUCUAGCGUCCGGCCAGAACCAAACAAGACAGCAGCACAGAGGGACUGAUGGAGCCUGUGGUGACUGCUUCACAGGGGGCGUUGGGCCCCCUCCUGGUGAAGCUCACUGCCUUGCUUGCCAAUGAGUGUGGCCGCCUGAAAGGGGUUCGCCGUGAGAUCCGGUCGCUCCAAUCUGAGCUUACCAGCAUGCAUGGUGCGCUCAAGAAGUACACAAAGCUAGAAGAUCCUGAUGACCAAGUGAAGGAAUGGAUAUCACUGGUGAGGGAGUUGGCAUACGACACAGAAGAUUGCUUUGACAAGUUCAUUCACCACCUCGGCAAAGGUGGGCAUGAUGCUGGCUUCAAGGAGUUCUUCCGCGAGAUGGCUCACCGUCUAAAGACGCUUGGAGCUCGACGUGGAAUCGCCAACCAAAUCGAUGAUCUGAAGUUUCGCAUCAAGGAAGUGAAAGAGCUCAAAACUAGUUACAAGCUAGAUGAUAUUGCUUGUAGCAUCUCGGUCCAUGCGACAGUGGAUCCCCGGUUGGCCGCUCUCUUUGCUGAGGAGGCACACCUUGUUGGCAUUGAUGGUCCAAGGGAUGAUCUCGCCAAAUGGAUGGUGCAAGAAGAAAACAAACAUCACCGCAAAAUAUUGUCUAUCGUUGGGUUCGGUGGAUUGGGCAAGACAACAUUAGCAAAUGAGGUCUAUCACAAGAUUCAAGGGCAUUUUAAUUGUCAUGCUUUUGUGUCAGUCUCCCAAAAGCCAGAUACGAAGAAAAUUAUCAAGGAUGUGAUCUCCCAAGUGUCCAACAAUGAAGAAUUCACAAAAGAUAUAGAUAUUUGGGACGAAAAAAAAUCCAUUGCAAAACUAAGAGAACUACUACAAGAUAAGAGGUAUCUUGUCAUCAUUGAUGAUAUAUGGUCUAUAAUGGCUUGGAACGCUAUCAAGUGUGCUUUUCCAGAGAAUAAUAAGUCCAGCAGAAUUAUAGCUACUACACGCAUAUUUGAAGUAGCAAGCUCUUGUUGUCCAGGUCCUGACGACCAGAUAUACGAAAUGAAACCUCUAAGUAAUGAUCACUCUAAAAUAUUAUUUUUCAAAAGAAUUUUUGGUACAGAGGACUGCUACAUUGAUAUGUUGAAAGAAGUUUCAAAUGCAAUAUUGAAAAAGUGUGGAGGCCUACCAUUGGCAAUUAUCAGUAUAUCAGGCUUGCUAGGAAACAAACCAUGUGUCAAAGAAGAGUGGGAGAAGGUGAAAUGGUCAAUUGGCACUGACCUGAACAAAAAGCAAAGUCUAGAGGGAAUGAAAAACAUUCUGUUGCUCAGCUACAACGAUCUUCCUCCUAAUCUCAAGACUUGCUUGCUAUAUUUAUGUAAUUUUCCUGAGGAUUACGUGAUUGACAGAGAAAGAUUAGUGAGAAGAUGGAUUGCAGAAGGAUUUAUUUCUGAAGAGCGUGGACAGAGCCGUCAAGAGGUUGCAGAGAAUUAUUUUUACGAGCUUAUCAACAAAAGCAUGGUUCAACCUGUGGACAUUGGCUAUGACGGUAAGGUUCGAGCUUGUCGACUUCAUGACAUGAUGCUUGAACUUAUCAUUUCAAAAUCCAUCGAAGAGAAUUUUAUCACGAUAAUAAGCGGCAGGCAAACUGUUUGGGAAAAUUCUCAAUGCUUUAUUCGUAGGUUGUCAAUCCAGCACAUUGACCAGGAGCUUGCAUAUGAGUUGGCAAAGAAAGAUCUAAGCCACGUUCGAUCCCUGACAGUAACAUCACCAAGUUGCAUCAAACAUUUGCCUGGACUUGUUGAAUUUGAAUCUUUACGUGUUCUGGAUUUACAAGAUUGUCUGGAAAUAGAUGAAUAUGUUAUGAAUGGUAUGGAAAAACUUUUCCAACUGAAGUACUUGAGCUUGCGGAACACGGAUUUAUCAAGGGUACCAUCAGGAAUAACUGUGCUGCAUGAUCUAGAGACCCUAGAUCUUAGGGAUACAAAGAUCAAAGAAUUGCCAGCUGGAAUUGUUCAGCUUACUAAACUACAACAUCUACUCAUUGGAAACAAAGGUUUAAUUGAAAUGGAGAUACCAGUGGGGAUUGGGAAUAUGACAAAAUUACGUGAGAUUGCUGGUUGCUUUACCAUCACCAAGAGUUCUGUAAGUGCACUAGAGGAGCUAGGGAAACUGAUCAAUUUGGAAGUACUCCAAGUCCAAGUAAUAAUGUACAUACUGAAGGAUGACGAAUCUCAGAGGUACAAGAGUCAUGCAGAGAUGUUUCUCUCCUCACUACGCAAGCUUGGUAGCCGCAAACUCCACACCAUAUGUAUAUCGGGUAGCUUAUAUCUAUUCGAUUUGAUAGAUUCCUGGUGUCCACCUCCAUCCGGCCUCCAAAAAUUUGAGAUGACUAUGGAUUACUAUUUAUCCAGACUUCCGAGUUGGAUUGCACCAGCAUUACUCACCAGUCUUGCAUAUCUAGACAUCAAGUUAAGUGAGGUAACAGGGGAGGAUCUUCGUGUACUUGGAGAGCUACCUGCGUUACUUUCUCUUGGACUGAGGACCAAGAAGGUUCAGAAAGACAAGCUUAUUUUGCAACGUGGAGCAUUCCGAUGUUUGAAGGAGCUGUUUGUUUUUGGUGUAGAUGCUGGAACCUCUCUCUUUGAGGAAGGGGCAUUGCCAAUGCUUGAGAAGCUUGACCUGUCGUUUUUUGUAUCAGUGACAAAAGGCGGUGGGUUCUUCUUAGGCAUUGAGCACCUCCAAUGUCUGAAAUUCUUUAAUGUUCGUUUUAAAUAUAAGUGGGCUACUUGUCCGGAAUGCAAGGCUGCAGCAGUUGCCAUAAGGAAUGAAGCUAAUCUGCAUCCCAACCAUCCGAGGGUAAUUCUCUAUAUGGAGACGUCGGAGAACGCCGUGAUGGCGUUAGAUGUGUUAUCCUUAGAUACAAGGUCGCGAUGGUGGUGCUGAAAUCUGAACCUACUAUUCUUGUUCCCUGAAGAUUAAAUAAAAUGGGCCCAGAAUGAGUGGUCUACAAUUGCUGUGUGCUUCAUCUGAUGCAGAGGCCGGGAGUAAACCCUCCUUUUCGAAACACAAAAAGGAGUGGUCUAUAUAUUUGCUACUUUGUGUGUGAACUUGCCAUCGGAUUGUUCUCGUUUGUUUACAGCAUUUUGAAUCCAGUCUCUGCGUGGAACUCUGUUUUUUCCAUUGUAUGGUCUCUGUCUGGACCUCUGUUCUCUGUACUUGAGUGUAACUUAAAUAUUCACGUAUUCAGCCA